AUGAUGAUCUCACAAGCUGUUGCUACUCUCGCCUUGUUAUUAAUUAUCUCAAUUAACAAUGCUCGAUCAGAAACAACUAUUCGACCUAGUAGUGCAGCAACCCGACUGGCUGGCGCUACUAUGUCAACAGCACGACCGCAACAAACAUCUCAACCAGCAGGACAAAUGACCUCUCAAAAACUUGCCAGUGCUUCGAAUAUAGCAACUGUUAGAGAGCAAACUCAACAGCCGCAAACGGGUCAGCCAACGGCUACUGUCAUCAUUCAAACUCAGGCAACAGGACGACAACAAACAGCUACACCUCAUCAGUGA